GUUUGUCUGCAACACUGCCAUUAGUGCCAUUGCCCUGAAGAUUUUUUAAAACGUUCCCAGUGUAAAAAAAAAUGCCUUGACAGUAUAAAUAAUGUUAGUGUAAGUCACUGCCUUAGUCAUGUAAAUCUUAAUAAGUAAUAGUUACCGUUCAAUACGUUUUAAUGUUUGAGGAAAUUCAUUUGGAUUUGUUUGUGUUAUUAAAAUGUAUAACUAAAACUUUUUUACUGUAACUUAAAGGCACCUCUUUUCAUUUCUGUGUAUUAUGCCAAACGCCUACAAAAUGGUCAAAAAAAAAACAAAACGGUUAGCUACUCAAGCAAUCGAUGAACCAGGUCGGUGUCCUCAAGCUUCUAUUAAAAAGUUCUGCACUGAGAAAAAAUUCAACAAGCGUAGGAAAAAAGGGCGAAUCAUUCAACAAAUACCUACGAUUGGCAUCUCUCAAAAUACUAAAAAAAAAUUAAAUAAAAGAGCACAUCAUAAACCUUUGACAUCUGUCCAAAAUGACUUAACUUUGUAUGAAAUCAAACCGUUAAGUCCAACAAAACUUUCCAUUUCUGUUAAAAAGUUUUACAGUAAUACAAAUUUUGAACGCUUAGAGGAUAAUUUGCAUUUUACCGGCAAAAGUAAAGCACUGUUAGCUGAUACUGAUUCUCAAGCUGAAAUCCGCAGUGGCGUCAAUUUCGAUCAAUCAACUAUUAAUAAUAAAAAAACAAUUAUUACAAAAAAUUGCCAUGAACUAAUAAAAUCCAAUGAACAGUCCAAAAUAAUAUUAAAACGUAAAAAACAAAAUGACAUGAAACCAGAGUUAAAUAAAGAUCAAAGUAAAAGUAUUAGAAAGUUCCAUAAAAGAGCUCUAACUGAAAGUGUGUUAGAAACUACAAAUAACAGUGGAAGUAAUCAAACGCACGCUAGUUCUGAUUUAUUGACAAAUGUUGUAUCAAAUACUGAGCAAACUAAUGCUAACCUUGUUGGAGAAUACCAAGUAACACAUUCAUCAACUAAUACACUUUCAAUAUCUGUUAAACGAUUUUAUAAGAGUAAUGUUCAAACUAAAGCAAAAGACUUAGAGAAAGUUAACAAAGAUAUGCCACUUGUUUCUGAUACCACAUAUAACUCAAAAGCAGAUAAUAUUCAAUCUCCAUCAUCUAGAUUUAGUAGUAGCCAUAAAAUAAGUCUAAAUGUCAAACACAUAAAUGAUUCAUCUAACAAUAAGCAACAAAAAGUAACUGCGUUUUUUCCGAUUCGAAGAAGUGCUCGUAAAACAAAAAAUGUAGUUAAUGAAGAGAAACAAAAAGCAUUAGAAAAGGCAAUCAUUUCACAGAAUGAAGAUGGAUUAGAGAUCACUGUAUUUCCUGAUAAAGGUCGUGGUAUCAUAGCUGGUCGAGAUUUUUCUCGUGGUGAAUUUGUUGUUGAAUACGCUGGUGAAUUAAUAACCAUUCAAGAAGCACGUAAAAGAGAAACAUUUUACUCUCAAGACACAGCAACAGGUUGUUACAUGUAUUAUUUCAAAUACGGUACAGUUCACUAUUGUAUUGAUGCUACAGAAGAGAGUAAAAGACUUGGCCGCCUUGUAAACCAUUCAAGAUUUGGCAAUUUGGGACCAAAAGUAGUAGAAAUUUCUGGAUUACCAAGAAUUGUAUUGAUUGCUAAAGGAGAUAUUAAACGAGGGGAAGAACUAACUUAUGACUAUGGCGAUCGUAGUAAAGAAUCAUUAGUUAACCAUCCUUGGCUAGCAUGUUAACUCAUCGUAUUUUAUUUAAAAGAAUUCAUGUUAUAUUUUUAUUAUUAUUUUUUUUUUUUUAUUGCACUGCCAACUAAAUUAAUAUGGUAUUUUAUAGUAAAUGGAUUGAUGGAAUAACAUAUUAUAUUACCAUGUUUACUGACACAUUAAAAUUUUAAACAAAACUUAUUUCUAAUUGUAAAUUGUUCUAUGUUCAAUUAUUUUUUUUCUUUUGAAAAUAUUGUAUUUCAAUUUUAGAACAAAUUUGUUGAUGUAAAUUUGUAUAUUAUUCUCAAAACCCUUUGGGAGUAAAGGAAUUCAGAUGUCAAUAUUAAUUUUUUUUUAUUAUUUUAAGGGUCAUUUGUGUAUUUGUCUGUUUGGAGGGCAGAUUAUUUCUGAUACGGAUAUUAUUAAUAAGUAACAGAGUAAUUCUGUCCUUCUCACCGGCAAUCUUACCCCGACUACCUGGACACUUAACAGAUAAUUUUUGUUUGUAAAUUUUCCAUUCAAUGAUAAUUUAUUUGAAUUAAAUCUUAGUAAAUGUAUUAACUAUUAAGUCAUAGUAAAAUAAUUAAUUAAUUGUUUGACCUAUUUGCGACUGUUAAUAUUUAGUAAAUAGUUUUAACUGCAACUAAUAUUCUGGAUAUUUUGAAAUAAGCUUAGAUGAUAGCUUCCUAUUAACUUACUUUUUAUUAAUGCCAUUUUGUUUUAAAAAAAAUAACUAAAAACAAAUUAUUUUUUUAUAUUUCAAAAAAAUAAUUGGUGUCAUUCAUCUAUUAUUAGUUUAAGCAAUUAAAAAAUAGUUAUUUAGAAUUUAUGACUGAAUAUUCGUCUUAUAAAAUUUUUGACCUUUGUACUCGAUAUAUUUAAAAAAAACUGUCAAUUUUUUUAAACACCAACAUGUUUUCCAGUAUACUUUUAAUAAGCUUAGCAUAAUUAUAAGUUAAAUGUGUUCUUAUAAUUAUAGUGAUAUAAUUUUUAAGGUGUGUUUGUUUUUAAUUGUUAUUGAUGUUGGUGUGAUUUUGUUUCAGUUGAAUUUUUUAUCGUGAAAUAC